AUGUCUAUACCUCAAACGGGUCGUCAAAUCAACUAUCCCGAGUACGAGAACUUCUUGGAUCACCUUGAAAAGAAGGGCGGCCCAUUCAAGUUCGUCACCGCACACAAACAUUUUCCAGUCGGUUCGAAAGUCGGGACAGCUCCGAAAGCAAGAUCGUUGGCGGAAAUUCGAAAAUCUGUGUUGGAAUCGCCGAGGGUUAAGAGCGUGAUCAGCGAAGAGACGCUCCGUCGAAAAUGUGCUCCAGAAGACGUCCGGAAAGAAGCCGAGGAGAUUCUAGACGAAAUGUCGCACACCUUCAACCUCUACAAUGUCAGAUCCUUUGGCUAUGCUGUCUGCAAAGCCAUGGAAAAAUUGUACGACGGAAUUUAUGUCAACGAGCAGAAGCUUCUGGAAAUUCGAGAGAGGAGUAAGAGGGAUUGUGUCAUUUUUAUGCCGUCUCACAAGACUUAUUUCGAUUUUUUGCUGUUGUCAUUGAUUUGUUUUCAAUAUGACAUUCAGCUACCAGCAAUUGCAGCUGGACAGGAUUUCAUGAGUAUGAAGUUUAUGGCGGGGGUGCUGAGACGGUCGGGCGCGUUUUUUAUGAGAAGGUCGUUUGGAACGGACCAACUCUACUGGGCGGUCUUCUCCGAGUACGUGCAAACGCACGUUGUCAAUAAUGACCGUACCGUGGAGUUUUUCGUCGAGGCGACACGUUCCCGAGUCGGAAAAUCACUUCACCCCAAGUACGGAAUGCUCCAGAUGAUCCUGGAACCCUACCUGCGUGGAUCUGUUUAUGACAUCGUCAUCGUUCCGGUUUCCAUGAAUUACGACAAGAUUUUGGAAGAGAAAUUGUACGCCUACGAGCUUCUGGGCUUCCCGAAACCCAAAGAAUCGACUGGCGGGCUUCUGAAGGCUCGCGAGAUUCUGAAUAACACGCAUGGAAGUUGCUUUUUGACGUUUGGUGACCCGAUUUCCGUUCGAGACCAUUUCGGGGUCAGCUUGCACCGAAAUACGUUUGUAUGCCAGCCAGAUUCUCAAUUCGUGUUGGAUAACCAGGCGAAGGUGGAGAUCAAAAAGUUCGCGCAUCACGUUGUGGAGAUUCACAAUAAGAAUGCAGUGAUUACGGUGUGGAGUGUGGCGUGUAUGGUUAUUUUGCAGACUUUCGACCGUGACGACCAGGCGACCCUCACCUACUCUACCGUCUACUCUGGCGUAGAGGACUUAAUUACCCUACUUAACCAAUUAGGCACUGUCGUCAACAUUCAAGGGAACCUCGAUAAGAACUUAAGAUACUAUCUCUCGAUGCAUGCCGACCUAUUCGAGCCAUUUGACGGGACCGCCCAAGAUUUCCAACUCAAAUUUAUCGAUUUUCCGGUUGCACAUCAGAAACAAGGCGUACCCAUUAAAGUGAUGGAACGGGCGGUUAGCAGGCUGAUACUCACCACCUAUUCGAAUGGGAUGAUCCAUGCGGUUGACAGUGAAGGAAUAAUCUGUGCCAUUUUAAGGAAUAAUGGGGUAACCAGUCUAGCGAAGGUUCGAGAAGAAUUCUGCUGGCUCCACAACCUAAUGAAACGAGAAUUCGUCACCGUCCCCGGCGAGCUUCCGCAGUUGUUCGAAAAAACGUUGAGAAUCCUGACGUCUUCUGAGAUUCUAGUCACAGAUUCUGAUGACGUCAUCAGAAUCCUUGACGAGAAAAAUGUGGAGAUUCUGAGCAAGUUGGUGCUCCCAUACUUUUAUAAUAUCGAGAUGGCGUUCGCCGUUUUUUCACCCAAGAAACCAAUGGUGUCGGAUUUGGGCGAGAUGGUGGGAACUGUGCAGAAGAACAUAAGCGACGCUUACCAAAACCGUCUACCCAACACUCGACUAUCCUUUUUGUCAACGGAGCCUAUCAAAAAUGCAUUCGCAGCUCUGUCGGAUUUAGGGAUUUUUGAGAAAUCGAGCUCCGGAAUGCGUACCAACUUUGCCAAACUCCACGAAAUCAAGGCUCGUCUAGCAAACUUUACAAAAUCUACAAUUUCUUCUAAAUUGUAG